AUGGAGACCAAACGCUUUGAAAUGCCACAGCAGAUGGUGGGCGGGCUGGGGGGGCCCGAAGGAGCUGUCGCGGCUCGGCUGCGGCUGUGCCCGUUCCGCUGCUGCUGCGAGGCGAAGCGCUGGAUCCAGUUUGAAACAGUGCCUGUGUAUCAAGGUCUCUUUUAUGAGCUCUACAGAAGAUAUGAUAACUUUUGCUUUGUUUUCACAGGUGCUCAGAUAAGCUGUUUCGCACCCAGCUCCUUCUCCUGGCGACAAGCGGCUUAUGUGGACUCCUACUGCUGGGCAGCUGUGCAGCAGAGGCAGCCAUCCCAGAACACCUUAGAAAACAUUCCUCUGUGGCUGCAUAAAUUCUUCCCAUACAUCCUUCUGCUCAUCGCUAUCCUGCUGUAUCUACCAUGUUUGUUCUGGCGCUUCACUGCGGCACCUCACCUUUCUUCAGACCUGAAAUUUAUUAUGGAAGAACUUGACAAAGCCUAUAACAGGGCAAUCAAAGCUGCUAACAGCAUCCGCAGUGGAGACCCCAGGGACCCUGCUGGCCUGGUUCCAGCAGUUAAUGAGAACUUGACUCAGAGUUUGUGGGAAAUAUCUGAAAGCCAUUUUAAAUACCCAAUUGUGGAGCAGUACCUGAAGACGAAGAAGAAUUCCAAAUGCCUAAUAAUUAAAUACAUUAUCUGCCGUUUACUCACUCUAGUAAUUAUUUUCAUUGCAUGCCUCUACCUGGGCUACUACAUUAGCCUCUCCUCUUUGAGUGAUGAGUUUCUCUGCACUAUCAAAACUGGGAUCUUAAAGAAUGACACAACUGUUCCAGAAGUGGUUCAGUGCAAGCUUAUUGCUGUUGGUGUCUUCAAGGUACUCAGCUAUAUUAACCUGAUAGUCUAUCUUCUAGUGAUGCCGCUGGUAGUGUAUGCAAUGUUUGUUCCGUGGAGGUGGAGUUCGGGUAUUCUCAAAGUGUAUGAAAUCCUGCCAACUUUUGAUGUUCUGAAACUUAAGUCAAAGUGUUUUGAUGACUUAAGCCUUUAUCUCCUCUUUCUUGACGAAAACGUGAGUGAACUGAAAUCAUUUAAAUGCCUCAAAGUGCUGGAGAACAUUGCAGUUUCUGAGAAGUUUGAUGUCAUGCAACUGUUGGUAAACCUUGGUACUAUUAAGACGGAUACCGUGGAUGGGAAGCCAGGGACAGCUGUGUUGCAGAAGACUGAAGAAACACCUAGAGAAGGGAAGAUUGACUGUAAAGUGAUCUUUGCCAAAAUGGUCUGA